AUGCCUAAGAAACGACCUCAGCCAUCCACACCACCAGAUCUCCCCGUCCCACCAGCUGACGCUGAAAAAAGAGCCUACUAUGUCGCAGGCAACAAAGUCUGGUACUGCCGUGAGGGCAAAACCGAAUGGUGCAAAGGCACAAUUGAUCCAGGAACUUCUAGUACCCUGUUGCAGACGGUCAAGGAUGACGAAACCAACGAUCUGUGGCAGGUUCCCGUUGAGCGUAUCCGCUAUCGGCCAUGA